AUGUCAAUUGAUAGUGUGAUAAGAACUCAGCAGCAUAAAUCGGAGAAAUUCAAAACAAGAGCCAAAUUAUUUGCAGUUAAUUUUCGGGAGAACUUUACAUCUAUCAAAAGUACCGGCCGGUCCAACCGAAAAUGCCCUUCCCGUUGGCCUGAAAGGUUAACAAAACAGAGCAGUGAAGAGAGUUACAGAGAAGACACAAGAAUCUGGUCUGGAACCGUAUCAGAGAUCUAUCUAAAUGGUUUAGGUAUAAACUGGACAAGGAUUCACAAUGUGAUGGACAUGAAUGCUGGUUAUGGAGGAUUCGCGGCUGCUCUUAUAAACAGACCUCUCUGGGUGAUGAAUGUGGUUCCUGUGAAAUGUGAAGACAAGUUAUCUAUGAUUUUCGAUAGAGAGCGGAGUUUCGGUACGGACGUUUUCAUGGCGCCAAAAACUGAGGUGAUGAAGGCAGUGGAGGCGCUACAGAGAGACGUGGAGAGAAUCGAGGUGCUGGAGAAGAGCAUCGAGGAGAUGAGGCAGCAGAUGGGGAAGCUGAGUGUCCUCGAUCGCUUGGAACGGCACCUGGAUGAGGUUGACAGGAGCAAACAGAAGGCGGAGGAGAUCGUGAUUGGCUCCGUCAAACUUUCGAGCACCGGGAAACAAAGAGAGGAAGAUGAUCCCGGAUCAGCUACGGUCGUGGAUCAGAAUGUUUCCUCGCUGCUCCAUACCACUACGGAGGUUGUUACCGCCAAGUUGGAGGGAGACACGGUGGUAACCGUCUCAGGUGAACCGGCAAAGAAGGAUCGCAACGAGCCGCUCACGAGGAAGAUUGAAAUUCCGGUGUUCGAUGGUGAGAACGCGGAGAGUUGGGUAUUGAGGGUUGAGCAGUAUUUCGAGAUGGGAGAUUUCUCGGAGGAGGAGAAGCUCCGAGCGGUGAGGAUGUGUUUUGACGAGGAUGCAUUACUUUGGUAUCGUUGGGAACGGGAGAGGAAUCCGUUUGUGAGCUGGGACCAGCUGAAGCGUAGGGUGCUGGUGCAGUUCUCAGACGAUUUCAAAUCCAGCGCUGGUGAGCAAUUGAUGACGCUGAGGCAGGACGGGUCGGUGAAGGAUUACUGCAAGGAAUUCAUCGCGAUCGCCACUAAUGCGCCGGGGUUGGCAGAGGACGUGUUGGAAAUGGCGUUUAGGAUUGGGUUGAACCCACGGAUUCUGGCAGGGAUGAAGAUGUUGAAUCCGCGUGGGUUGGAGAAAAUGAUGAGUGCGGCGAGACGGGUAGAAGAAUGGGAUGAGGCAGAGGAUUUCCGAUCGGGGCCGCUGCGUGGAGGAGCGGAGAAGUGGUCGAGGAAUUCAUCGGGUCGUUUUGCAGCGGCAAAUCCCAAGCCCAGUUCUCAUCCGGGUCAAGGCGGAAAGGCACCACCGCAUAAUCGUCUGAAACCACCGUUUCGUCGUCUGACGCCGGCGGAGUUGGCGAAAUGGAAGGCGGAGGGCCUUUGCUUCAAAUGUGACGAGAAAUUCGUGUAUCCACACCAAUGCGCGAAGAGAGAAUUGAUGGUAUUACUCGUCCUGGAGGACGGAUCUGAGGAGUUGUUGACUUGCGAUUGGGAAGAAGAUCCGGCUCUGGAGAUGAUGGAGAUCGCGGAGUUAUCCCUCAAUUCCAUUGCGGGGAUCUCUUCACCUCACACUAUCAAGCUGAUUGGGACAAUUGAAGGUGAACCCGUGGUGGUGAUGAUUGAUAGUGGGACUUCUCACAACUUUGUGAGCGAAUCAAUGCUAGGCCGGUUAGGCUUGGUACCGGAGACGAUUGGUGGUUACGGAGUCCGCACUGGUGGUGGGAUUACGGUCAAAGGGAAGGGAGUGUGUAGGAAUGUGAAGCUCGAGAUGCAGGGUUGUCGAGUCAUCACGAGCUUACUUCCUUUGUCUCUGGGAACGGCGGAUGUAAUAUUGGGGUGUCAAUGGUUAGAGACCCUCGGAGAUACGUAG